UCCAUUCAUCUCCUCAAAAAAAAAAAACCAAAUAAGCCACUUGUAAUGCUCUCUAGCCUUUCUCGCACCGUCGAUCAUAUGACCAACUGGAGUCAGCGUUGAAUCGAACGGCGGAGGUACGUUCUUCUCCAAACAAUCUUGAAUUUCCUUUAUGAUCAAGAUCCGUUGAUCAAUCUUGUUUCGCAAUUCCGAUCAGCCUGUUUUAUCCUUUACGUGUAUCUGUAAUUUUGAUUAAAUUCGGUAUUCUUCCGUGAUUUGGUGGUUGUUUGAAUAUUGAUUUUGUGGUUUGAUUUGAUGCAUUAUAUCAUAUUUGUGUUGUACGUGUAGGCUCUAUGUGAUCAUCCGAACUUUUAGGAUUAUAUCGUUUGCUUCCUCUUCCUCUCUGUUUGGAUCUUUCUUUCUUCAUUUAUUUUUAUUUCUUAUUUUUUUGAGGAUUUAUGGAAUUUGGUGAAAGGGUUAAGGAGGGGGUUUUGUUGCAUAUUCAAUAUAUUAGUGUCUCCUUUUUGGGGCGAUUAUGUUUUCUUUUAACCAAUUAAAAUUUGAUUGUGGUGCUUAGCUCUUACUUUAUUUCUUGUUUGAUCUCAUGUUGAUUGAAGCAUAUUAUGAUUCUGUUGCAGUUGAUUCAAAUCCUUUAGCAUCUGGAUUGGUCUAUAUUUGUCCUGGACUGUGUAACAAUGUUAAUUUAGUUCUUCUAUACCAUCAGUAGACACAAGCAUGCAAUUUAAUGUAUCUAGUCAUUGAAUUGUUGAUAUGCUUCUCCGUCUGGUUUUUUCUUUUGCCCCUCAUUUUUUUCAAACAGCUAAGCUUGGCUUGGUGGUGGAGUUGCAUCAGUGCAACCUAAUUGUCACCACCGCUGUAGCCAUGUGCACCAAGGGUUGAUGAUGAUGACGAAAAUAAUAGAUAGAUGUGCGUAUUUAUUUCAUAUACUGUUAUAAAUCUGACUUGGUGGGUUGACAACUUUAAACUGUUAAGCACGCACCCAUUGGUCAAUUUCAGAUGAUGCUGUCAUGGAUUUUUUUUAGAAGAGCUGUGUGGAUAAUUGAUGCCAGUCUUAGCAUUUUUGUGUCUUUGCAUGAGCACAGAAUUUUUGUUCAUUAAUUAUAUGAAGUUUUUGUGGAGUCUAUACUAUUCUCCUUUUCAUUAUAUUCAUACCAAGGUCUUUACAAAUAAUUCAUUUGGUGUGAUGAUAAUUGAUAGAAAUCUUAUAAAGGCAGCCCUGGUGUGCAAAGCUCCCACCAGUGCAGGCAUCGCUUAAAAUAUGAACUUUGUGAAUAGCUUCUGGAUUUAUUGUAGAUUUCAAACUCGUUCAUGGUAUGGUUCAAGUUUUAGUAUGACUGAAAAAAAAACCUUUGAGAAACCUUCUUUUUCUUUUGUUAUUUUUCACUGUACUUCAAGAUUAAAUUUUAUUGCAAUGGUACCCUUAGAUAUCUGCUUUUACUUCGGUAGUUAUUAAUUUACUUAAGUUUACAAGGGGAAAAAAAACAUGUUCAGCCUCCAUUUGAGCAGAAACUAUUUGAUGGGGUUCAACAGGCUAAAGAGUUAGUACAUGAGAUUAAAUAUCUGAGUGGGGAUUACCUCUGAGAAGGAUGCUAUGUGGUGAUUGGAAGGACUAUGAAUGAUUUGACUCAAGAAUCCAAGAUCGGUUCAUAUUUUCUAUUCAGAUUUCAUAACUAAUAUUAUCGUGUACUGUGAGGAUCAAUGGGACAUAGGGAUUUGCCAAGUAACUCGCAUUUGUUUGAUAUCAAUCAAGAUCAGAACCAAAAUCAUCCAACCGCUGGACAGGUUCACAUUUAUGCAGAAAGCACUACUGCUCCUGAUUAUGGUCCUUUAAUUUAUCAAAUGGAGCGUAUUUCAACAAAUGGACCGUACUCUGAUUCCCGGCACAGCUUUGGGAGCAGGUCAACUGCAAACCCUUCUGUAAAUUUUAGCCCACAAGGUCCACAAGUUUCUGCGUCUCUUUCAGACCCAUCUCAUGAUUCAUUUCCACAUUUCACUGCUGGUGGAGGUAUUUAUCGAGCACCAGAGAAUAAUGCUGGUAAUUCUCAUUCUAAUCGGUACAACAUGCACACAAUCCACGAAACUGAGGAUUGUCCACUAGGUUAUCCCAUGGGCUGUGGAAGAGGGUCAUUCAAAAGAAAAAGGCACCGCUUUUAUGAAAGUAGUAGCUCCAGUAGAUUCUGUAGUGCCGGAAGUUCCUCCAGCUCAGUUGAAUUUCAGCCUGAGAAACCAAUUUCAGAUCAUCAAUAUCACCCAUCAGGCAACACCAGCUUACCGUACUACAGGGGUGACCGCCUUUCAAUAGGUAAUGAAGAUACUCAAAGAAACGUGAGAAGCCGAUCUAGACUUGAUUUGGAACUUCACUCCCAGGCAACUUAUCUUUCGAGUUCUGUUCAUGAUCAUCACCCAGCAUCAUCUUCUUAUCAUUCUCAUUCAACAGCUCAUCUCUCAAACCGUAGUGGGACAGUGGACAGUACUAAUUUAAAUGCUUAUGAGGAGAAUUGCACUAGUGUAUUACCUGCUUCACAUGGAACAUUUCAAACUCCAGGAAAUCAUUGGUUGAGGCAUCAGAUGAAUCAGCAGUAUGUGCGGGGCUCUGCAAAUAUUGAUGGGUCGCAUCAUGAUUCCAACUCAAGUAGAAAUCAUAUUUCACCCCCUCGAUAUCUUCGUAGCCAUGAUGCCCAGGCUGCCAGGGAAAUUCAUUGUAAUAGUUCUCAUAGACAAAUACCUUUGAGCAGGGGUCCCAGUUCCUCCCGCUGGAGACAUCAUGAGCCACCUUCUUUUGGAAAUCAUCUGAAGUAUCAUUCAGAAAAUUCUUCCAGAUAUACAAGGCCAUUAAAUUUUGGAAGCUGGCGCAACAACUAUAGGGACACUAGGUCAAGGAUGGAUACUGAAAGAUUUCGUUCACUUACCCAUGCAGUGGAUGCACAUAACGAAAUGGGAUCGGAGGCAUUGGUGGUGGAUCGUUCACAUUUUUAUAACUCCAGAAAUUUGUUUGAUCAACACGGGGAUAUGAGGCUCGACAUUGAUCACAUGAGUUACGAGGAACUACUUGCUCUUGGAGAAAGUAUAGGGAGUGUUAGCACAGGAUUGUCAGAAGAUGUCAUGUCAAAGUGUUUGAUGGUGACGGCAUACUGUUCUGAUCAAAUUCUGGAGGAGGUAUCAUGUGCCAUCUGCCUGGAACAGUACCAGAAUGACGACGAAGUUGGGACCGUUAACAACUGCGGUCAUGACUAUCAUGCAGCUUGCAUCAAGAAGUGGUUAUCUAUGAAGAACGCAUGCCCCAUCUGCAAAGCACCUGCUCUUCGUGAUGAUUCAAAUUAAGAAGAAUUGACACAAGUAUCUUUAUUUUCUGCUUAACAUCUUUCUGUAAAUAUUAGGAGACCCAUCCCAGUUAAAUUCAACAACUCACUCAUUGAAACUUGGUUUAAAUUGUAAAAUUUCUUCAUCUCCUCUCCCAUAUUUUAUAUAAAUGUGGAAGUUUCAAGCUUUUAA